GUCGGUAGAAAAGAUGAUGAAGGCUGGCCCAGCGGCUGGGUUUCUUUUUUUCUGAGCGGUCGAGCAGCAGCAGGGUACAGGAUUGUCAUCAAAACGAGGUGGCGUUGAUGUCCGGCGUGAUAAGUCGCUCAAUGCCUAGGCCUAGCCUAGGUCGUAGGUAGAUGUUAGUGACUCGUCUAACCUUCGUUAUUCAACCAUUAGCUCUACAGAAUAAAUAAUAGCAAGAACGGUACUUCACUCAUCAUUUCACAUUGAGGACUUGGGCAAGUACUUGCCCACAGGGCAACAUACAUCAUGGUCCUUGAACGUAUAGUGGCAAGCAUAUUGAACAAGUACUUGGACAAGUACAUCGAGAAUCUUGAUACAGAUAACUUGGAUGUUGGUCUUUUCAGUGGUCAGUUAAACCUGCAGGAUUUGGAACUGAAGCCAGAGGCAUUGUAUGAGUUGGACUUGCCGAUUGAGGUCAAAGAAGGUCGUGUAGGUAAGAUUUCAUUUGAUAUACCUUGGACUUCACUGUUCUCGUCACCUGUCAUCGUUAAGAUUGAGGAUGUCCUCUUACUCGCAAACCCAGUAACAGCUAGGCCAUACGAUGAAUUGAAAGAAAGGAGACUAGAAAAUGCCGCAAAGAGAAAGAAAUUGGAACAGCUUGAGAAGUCAAAAAAGAAACCAUUGAGUGAGGAAGAUGAGCAAGAGUCUCAAUCAUUUACUGAGAAAUUGAUGUCAUCAAUUAUCAAUAAUGUUCAGGUCUUCAUGAAAAAUGUUCAUGUUCGAUAUGAAGAUUCUGUUACAAAUCCAGGCCAUCCAUUUAGCUUUGGGGUAAUGUUGCCGUACAUAUCUGCAGAGACAACAGAUGAACUCUGGCAAGCGACACAGGUUGACGCAUCUGCAAUGAUCAUGCGAAAGCUUGCUCAAGUCAGAAAUUUGAGUAUAUACAUGAACUCGGAUUGCAAGCAGUUAUUAACGGAGCAGCAUAUUGAUGAUGGGCUGUGGAUAGGCUUAAUGAAGGAGGCCCUCGUGGAUAACAAGAUUAUGAAUGAGCCAUUACAAUUCAUCCUUGAGCCUGUGACAACCAAAGCAAGAGUAACAUAUGAUAAAGCAUCUGACAGCUUGUAUAUGCGCCCUCGCUUGGUCGUUGACAUCAACACAGAGGAGAUAAUGUUAGGCCUAGGCAGGUCUCAAUACCUUGAUGUCCUGGACCUCUUAGAAGCUCUACAGCUAAUGAAAGUCAACACAGUGUAUCGUAAAUAUCAGCCGACGGUGCCGGUGAAAAUUGAUCCUAAAGCAUGGUGGAUAUAUGCAUACAAGAGCAUGGUGGAUAAAUACAUCAAGCCCUGGUCCUGGGAACACAUGAAACAACAUCGGCAGUAUUACAGAGCGUACAAAAAUAAAUACAAAGAGAAGUUGGAGAAAGCAAAAGCUGAUGAUAAUGUGAAGAAAAGAAUUGAGAAAGACCUGUUGAAACUUGAGGAAAAACUUGAUGUUACAAGCAUCACAAUUGCAAGAGAGCAAGCCAAGAUUGAGUAUGCAAAGCAGGCUCCAAUCAGGAGAGAAAAGGAGUUGAAGAAAGAAGCAGAGAAGAGCUGGUUCAGUGGCUUCUGGGGUUGGUUUGGUGGAGACGAUGAUUACGAAGAGGAAGUUGUCCAUGAUGAUACAUUAUGGGAAAGGUUAACAGAAGAAGAUAAACAUAAAAUAUAUGAAGGAAUCGGCUACAAAGAGGGCGCUAGUGUAUCCACAGACAAACCAGUUGAGUAUGUUCAAACCAAGGUAACCUUUGCUGUUAAUCAUGGUCAGUUUGGACUUAGAAACAAAUCUUUACGAGUGAUCAAAGCAUCAGUUGUUGAUACUGUUGUAGACAUCGAGCAUCGGCCUGCUAAUAAUGGAAUACACUUCCAGCUGAGUACAGAUUCUUUACUAGUUGAAGGUAGUCCUAAGAAAGAGGAAAAUGUAACCAUAGUAACAUCAGCUAGGGAUAAGCCGGAUGACGUCGCCGGUCAAGUUUUUAACGUUGACCUGGAGACAAGCCCGGUAAAUGUAUCAGCUGACCUUUCUCUCGCAGUAACAUCUGAACCUGUGGAUAUUGUUUAUCAUGAGAAAACAAUAUCUGAGCUAAUCACUUUCUUUACUGUCCCAAACUUGAACAUGGAAAACUUAAAAGCAGUGGCAUCAACACAAUUGAUGAAAUUUGCUGAAUAUAGCACAGCAGGGCUGAAGUAUGCGAUUGAAAAUCAUAAGACCAUUCAACUUGACGUAGAUGUGAAGUCACCAAACAUCUUGAUACCUGAGUUUGGCUCAAUUGACAAAGGAGGGCACUUGAUUGUCAUUGACUUAGGUAGUCUAAGAGUGUUCAGUGAUUUACAGAAUGAAACUGUUUCAUUGGAGGGUGCUACCAGGACUGAAAUUGAGGAACAUCUUUAUGACAAGUUUAAUGUCCACAUCAAUGAUAUACAGAUCUUAUUAGCUCACUCAGGUGAUAACUGGCAUGAAAGUCUAGAGCUUCGUGAUUCAGAACGCCAUCUGUUGCCAAGUUUCGGCCUACAACUUAGUUUAUUCAACAGUGUACAGCCUGAAUACAAAGAAUUACCACAAUUGAAAGUCGAAGCUGUUCUUCCUUCAGUUAAGGUCAACAUUUCUGAAAACAAGUUGAAAACCUUACUGCAGUUUGCACAUCACCUACCUCUGCCAUCAAAUAAGAAUGAGCCAGAAACGUCGCCCCCUAGAGGAGUUGUGUUUUCCCUGGAUCCAUUAGCCAUUAAAAUGGAGCCCUCGGUAGCCACACUCAGGAGGGUAAGGAAGACAUUCAGAGAGCCAAAGGUCAAAUCAACAUCAGUAGAUGAAUCAGACACUGCUAUAUCUACUGUGCAACCACACAAGAAAGUAGAAGAGCCAACAACGCCUGAUGUUUAUUACUCUGCCUCUGAUCAUUCCGAUCAGUCCAUUGACCAAUGGGCAAAGGUUGACCAGGUCCCAGACUUUGGUGAAAAUGAUUCUCCCACCAACAGAACAACCAUACUUCUUCGUUUUCUGAUUCGUGAGGUGGUCUGUAGCAUCUCAACGCACAAGGAGGCACGCACUGUUGAAGACAUUGAUUCCGGUACCUCAUCUGACGAGGCCGGAAUUCUAGAGACUGAAUAUCUAACGCUACGAGUUGAUUCCUUAAUGGUGGAUGGUGCAAUUAGCACCCAUGGUAUGGCAUUCCAGUUUGGCCUCGGUGGCAUCCAGGUUAUUGAUAAACUCCACGUUGGUGCUCUAGGUACUUAUCUUCAUCUUGUAAGCUCAGCCUCCAAAUCUGAACUGAUUUCCAUUUUAUAUAGAAAGGUGACCACCGAAUGUCCAGACUUUCAGUCCUAUUAUAAUGGUAUGGAACAAGCAGUCGUUGUCAAGUUCACCGCCCUCAACGUCAUCUUCCACAAAACUGCCAUGUUGUACUUGAGGAAAUAUGUACAAAACAUAACUCAAAGUGCUAUUUCUAGGCCGACAGUGCCAGAAAUCCAUGUUGUACAGCCUACAACCACACACCCUGUGCCGGUGCAGCCAAAAACAGAUGGCCCAAGCAUAACAAGUCACUUACCAGCAAUUACCAAGUUACACAUCCAGGCCAAAAUGGAUUUUAUCAGUGUGUCUUUCAUGGAUACAAACCAGACGCUAGCUAAGAUGUUCAUCAGGGAUCUUGAAGCGUCAAUGACCGAUAAAGAGAAUAGAACAACUAUACGUGCACGAUUAAAAGAUUUCUCGGUAGAAGAUUCUGAAGUAAACAAUCUAUACACUAAAAUUUUGUGUUUAGAAGACCCUACAGCCUUUGAAACUAAGUUAAUUUUAUUUAAGCAUGACAAGAAAGAAGGUCCACCCGUUUUAAAUAAAGGAGAUGUGAUCCCGGUAGAUGCGUGCGUACGGCUUCGAGUCGGACGUGUACAAGCGGUGCUCGUUUAUCAGUUUGUUCGUGACUUCAUUAAUUUCUUUGAACCAUUUAGCAGUACUGAAGUUUUAACCAAUGCAACAGUGGCAUCACAAAAAGCUGUCCAAAAACAGGUUAAAGAAUUAACCAAACAGGGUAUGCGUAUCAAUCUAAACGUUAACAUCCGUGCUCCAGUGAUCCUCAUCCCACAAAGCUUCCACUCACCCGACACACUGGUGGUGCAUCUUGGAGAUCUGAUCGUCAAGAACCAAAUCAAGAUGGCUGAUAACGCAAACCAUCUCAUAGAUUGCAUGAAAGUUUCUUUGAACUCUGUGCAAAUCUCCAGAGCUACCACUGGCGCCCAUCAAGUCUUAGGAUCACGCCGUCUAAUUGUUGAGCCUGUGAGUCUCCAUGUGGACAUCACAAGGGCAUUAGCACCAUUUCCCAAUGAAAUCAUUCCUUUUGAUAUCUCUGGACGCUUGGAGAAUAUCAAGGUAAAUAUUGGAGAGGAUGACCUUGUCAUAAUUUUUGCUGUGUUGAAUGAAAAUUUGUUUCCUGUUAGUGAAGAAGUUGCUCUUGAUAAAACAAUUCCUAUGAUACAUGAGAGUACUUUUAGUCAAGACAUUAAUGAAUCAGUUGCCACGGCAACUAUAGAGACUCCACCAAAUACAAAUAUCAAGAUGGCGUUUGUGAUGGAAGGAAUGGAAAUAGAGCUCUUCACAAAUGAACCGAGAUUGAGAAAGAAUGGUCAGGGGCUUUUACUGCGUGAAGAGCAGGAUGGCUUGUCAAGAUUUCAGCUACAUGAGGUUGAGGGAAAUGCUACCUUUUAUGACAAUGGUGCGAUCAUGCUAAGUGCAUCUAUACACUGUAUAUCUUUAGAAGAUAUCAGAUGGAGCAGUCCAUUAGCAAUCAAAAGGCUGAUUCAUCAGACAGGUCGUAGUGGAAACAAAGAGCCGAAGGACAAGUCAGCAAACACAUCCCCUAUGGUUACGAUAUCGUUCACCAAAGAUUCAGCAAAGAAUAGACAUUUGGACUUCUGUCUGGAAGGAAUGCGAAUCAACAUUUUCAUCCACUAUUUACUUGCCGUCUAUAACUUCCUAUCGAGUUCUAUUGCCAAGGCAAAACCAGCAUCCACUAAUGCUAGUCCCACUGGGCAACUUAACAGGCAGUUGUCCAAUGAGGCUAGUGCUCCUACCAAAGGCAGCUUGAAGAUCACAGGUCGUCUAAAGAAACCAGAAGUAGUCUUGUUUGCUGAUCCAACCAGUCAGAAUAGCCAGGUGCUAGUACUCCAGGUUGAGGGCAAUUUGAGCUAUCAACAGUCUGCCGCUAUUGACCGACUGGAAGCAAGCCUGAAAGACAUACAGAUAUUCUCAUGCAUCUACUCUCAGGCAUUGAGAACAGCAUACCAAGUUCUUGAUCCGUGUGUGCUUAACCUCCACCGAACUUUGUCCCACCAAGGUGUUGAAGAGAUUGGUGUGAAUCUAUCAAGUGUUCGCGCUCGCAUAUCACCGCGUGUGGUGUUUAUGAUACAGGAUAUAGUACAUGGGUUACGAGCCUUCACUGUUAAAACUCCAAAGGGGAUGUCGAUGAAUUCAGAUGAUAGUAAAGAGGAUAUGUGGACACCAAAGCCAAUUUUCUCAACCGCCUUUCCAAAGCGAAAAGGUUCCGUACACAAUAAACCUAAACCAGAGAAUGACCAAACUCAAGUUGAUUUCUCUCCAUUGGACGCCCAGCAGGUCAAACAAAAACUGACCAUUGAGACAAAACAUUUUGAACUGACACUUGACAUUGAACAAGGCUCUGACCAUUUACCUAUGCUGUGUGUCAGGAGUAAGUUGGAAACGGUCUUAACCAACUGGUCAACAAUGAUGCAUUUGAAGUUGGAACUAAGUUUAGAAGCGUGGUUGUACAACGAACGGCUCACUAUUUGGGAACCGCUAAUUGAACCAGUAAUGGAAAAGGAAGGAGUUUACAGACCUUGGGAACUUCUCGUUAGAAUGUGCCAAGCUCCUAGUCAGCCAAUCACCUGUACCAACGAAUCGGAUGUAGCCUUCCAGUCAUGCGAUCAGAUUGAUGGCACCUCAGGGUUUAUACAACCGACACUGGGUUCAGAAAGUGGCAGCGAGACAGACUCAAGUCCAGACGAUGAACUUGAAUGGGACGGUAACUACAGUAGCAGUUUGCUUAGCAGUGAUGUUGGUACUCCUUCAGAUGCCCCUGAUCGAACAUUCAACCCUGUAAGUGAGAAGGCGGCAGAUGGCGAAGGGGAAGAGCAAGAAGAAGAGGAGGGAAGCUUCUUGAAUAAAGUAGUUGGUUUCAUCUCCGACAUGUUCUCUGACAGUGAAUCGGAAGAAGGCGAUGAAGGUGAAGGCGAUGGAGAAGAGAGCGGCCGACGUAGGGUCAAGCACGACGCACACGGCAGACCAAGGACGGCUGCGUCGUUAACUUCAAGCAGAAGUCAAUCACGAGAUGAUUUUGACUUUGAUGAACCUGAAGAGAAAGAAAAAUUGGCAACAUAUAUCAUCAUUAGUUCCCUCGAUCAAAUGGAUCUUUCUGUAACACCAUUCGCUUUAGAAUCUAUGAACGAUAUAACAGAUGGGUUCAUUAACAAACCAGAUGGAUUGAUGGAGACGAAACAACAAAUCACUCAAACGCCAUUUACAGUUUGUAAUACCACAAGCCUCCCAAUAAAGGUUGAGCUGCCAACCACACUGAAGAGGAUAACAUCGGGUGAAAAUGUAACAAUAGAAGCUAUCACUGAUGGUACUGAAGAUCUUAGCACCGAUGAACCCGAUAUGAACGCUGAUAAUGACAAUUGCUUCAGUCUGCUACCCUCAGCUGCCAGGUCGCAUGUUCGCAUGUCUCUACGAUGCGUUGCUCCUCCAGCACCACAUAGUGAGGAUGAUGAUGAUGAUGAACGUGAGGAGAAUAAGGAAGAGGAUACGCCAGAUGCAAUUGUGUUCAAAGCCAAGCACAGCUGUUCUCCUAAAACACCAGUAGAUUCAAUUUGUGUACAGAUAGAAGGAUUUGACCCCCUCAAGGAUGUCAAGUGUAACCAAGUUGGUCAGAUGCUGUACUACCUGUCACCAGUCAAGGAUGGUAUUCAGUAUGCUGUGGUAGCAGACGUUUCUAUCAAUCGCUGCAAAAAGACGUUGACCAUAAGGUCACCUUUGCAACUUCACAAUCAUCUGGCUGUGCCAAUGUCUGUAUAUUAUGACCUACCCAGGGCUAGCAGCCUAACCAAUGAAAUGAGUGCGGCAGUGGGCAAGCAGAGCCUGGGUGUGUUCCAGCCCAACACCACUAUGGAUCUUCCUCUUGAUGUUGCUUACAGUGCUAGUUUGUACUUUGGACCUUAUGACCAGGGAUAUACGCUUUGUAACAAAGCAGUACAGUGGCAGAGAUUGAUCGAAAAGAAGCAACAGAUAUGUAUCUCCCAAACUGAAAUUAAUGAUGAAAAAUUGUUUCAUUUUAAGUGUAUCUUAGAGGCGGAGUCACCGGCAAGGAAAGGAGUCAGUGUCAAGGAGCACGUUCCACUGUACACUCUUCAAAUUUAUCCACCGAUUGUGCUUCAUAAUUACCUACCAUAUGAUGUCAUCUUUUCUUUCGAGGAACCAGGUUUGAAGUUUCUGUUGGCUGGUGAGAAUAUGGCUAUCUAUAGCAUCAAUCCAGAAAUUCAAAAUUCCAUGAAAAUUCAAGUGAAGAACUACCUUUCAUCCAGUUGGGAAGGAACUGUAAAUGUUUCCUCGAAGAUGAAGCACUAUGAUCUUGUUUCCAUGACAACCAAAGAUAGUGACAGUGAAAGAAAAAGAUACUUGAACCUUGGGGUGCACAUGUCAAGUACAAACGGGCUAGACAUCUUCCUCUAUUCACCUUACUGGAUAGUGAACAAGUCAGAACUUCCAAUUGAAGUUAGGGCCUCGAAAUCUAGCAAAGUUUUUGGAAACCAGACAUCAAGUGAGCCAGUAUUGUUCAACUUUAGCAGUCCUAAACGAAAGAAGGCCAAAAUGCGUGUUUUUCACUCGGUAUGGUCAUCCUCAUUCUCAUUGGAUACUAUUGGUAGUUCAGGUGUUGUAGUCUGCAAGGAUGAAACACAUAACAGAACUUAUCAGUUUUGGGUGGAAAUUCAGAUGUCCCGUCUAUCCUUGACCAAGAUAGUGACCAUCACACCUUAUCAUCUGGUUACCAACAUGACAAGGUCAACUCUUUGCUAUCUAGAAGAAGGCGUCAAGGCCGGAGUUUGGGUUAACAUAAAACCUGAUGUGGUUCAACCAUUUUGGCCUGGUACAGCAUCAAUGAAAUUGUAUGUUCGUCAUCCUGAUACACCGGACCGUUUGGCUUCUAUGCACUUCAGCAUCGACAAACCCCAUUUCACUGUACUUAAAAUGGAACGCGGAACUGCUUUGAGUGUGAAAGUAGAGGGCGGUUUCGAAGGUCCAAUGCAUAUAACAUUCUUGAAUUACCAAAUAGGGCAUGCACCUGUCAGGAUCGAGAAUCGUUGCCAUGACGUAUUCCUGAGGUUUAAUCAAAAAUCUGUUGGUAGCAUGACAUUUGUGAAGCCUUCAGAAUCCCUAUUGUACACAUGGGAGGAUCCAACACUAGAAAGAAUGCUUAUGUGGAACCUAUACAACAGAAAUAAACAGUCAGUAAAAGCAGCUAUUGACAGGGAUGGGUUUGGGAAACUAGCAGUCAGUACUGAGAGCAUCCGACGCAGCAGUCUACGUGGCGAUGGUAUGUAUGCUGAUGAAGAUGACACAAGUGUCUACAGUACUGAUGAAGAAGAUGUUCCUGAUGGAAUGAUUGAGCAUCCUUUGAUGAGCCGGAAAGAGAGAUCCGUUGUGUAUUGGGUAUCGUACUUGGAUGGGCUACAGCGCGUGUUCCUUAUCACACAGAGUGCACGUACAGCUAAGAAAGCUAUGCAGGCCAAUGAAGCUGAACAAGCUAACCUUGAGUUGAUAGUGUCUCUGGCCGGUCUUGGCAUCUCUCUCAUCAAUGGAGCUUACGAGGAGGUAGCCUACAUGAAGCUCUUUAGCAACCCAGCCCGAUGGGAAGUGGAGAAGCUUGACAAGUGGAAGAUGUUGAACAUGGAAAUGUCCGGAAUCCUUGAGGAUCGGUGGAAGAACGGUGAUGAGAAUAUCAGUAUUGAGGAUGCAAUCGAUGCCGACUUAGUGAAUAUGCUGAUGUCGAAGCCAGUAGAAGGCAAGCUAAGGCGCACGUCGCAGCCCGCCAUGAGGCUGCAGUACCGUCAGUCAGAGCACUGUACAAGUAUUCAUUUUAAACUACAGAAAUUACAGCUUGAUAACCAACUCCAUGAUGCCCUUUUCACAACAGUGCUUCGUCCGGCGCCACUUCCAAAAGAUGUCGUGAAAAAGUCUGGUUUCAAACCCUUCCUAGAAAUGUCCCUAAUUAGGAGACAGUCACCGGAAAACAACCUAAAUACUGUAAAGUACUUUAAGGUACUUUUACAAGAGGCUGUUGUGAAAAUUGAUAAUGGAUUUGUGCUAUCUGUUCUUGACAUAUUUUCUGGAUUCAUGAAAGAAGAAGAUGAUGUUGUAUAUUUGAAAGCCGAUAUUGCUAUGAUCAAGAAGCCUCUUCAUGAGUUAUCCAGCAGUAUAUCAAACGACCUAAGCAGGCCCAUCUACUUUGAAUACUUCCACUUGGGUCCCAUCAAGUUGAUUGUGAGUCUAUCAUUGAGUGGAGAACCGCAUCGCACCACACGGUCACCAAAGUCAUUCAAGAAAGACGUUUUCAAGUUCUUCAUUGACUCAAUUGGUUCCACUCUCACCGAGAUCAGCGACGUUGAAAUCAAACUUGGUUUCUUUGAACGGAGCAAUGUGAUGCUAACCCAGGAGGAGAUGAUUACUAAAGUGGUAAAUCACUACAAGGGCCAGGCCAUCAAGCAAGCCUAUGUGUUUAUCCUAGGUCUGGAUGUGCUGGGCAAUCCAUACGGAUUGUUCAAGGAUAUCAAGGAAGGCUUAGGUGACCUGUUCUAUGAACCCUAUCAGGGUGCUAUACAAGGGCCUGGUGAAUUUGCUGAGGGUUUGGCUCGAGGUGUGGAAAGCCUCUUGGGACACACAGUUGGUGGAGUUGCUGACUCUUUGUCAGGGUUCACAUCAGGUGUUGGAAAGACAUUGGCAUUCCUUACCUUUGAUGAAAGCUACCAAGAGAGACGGCUUCGCAAGAUGAGACGUAAACCUAGCAGCCUUCCACUCAGCAUCCUAUAUGCUGGUCAAGGCUUUCUCAUGGGUAUAAUUAUGGGCCUUGUUGGUGUGGUGUCAAACCCAAUCAAAGGAGCUCAGAUGGAUGGUAUAAAGGGUUUCUUCAAGGGCAUUGGCAAAGGUAUACUAGGCCUGUUUACACGACCUCUAGGAGGCAUAGUAGAUGCUUCGACAUUCAUUCUAGAGGGCAUUGAGAGGUCAACAGAAGUUGGUGAAGAUGUCAUGGCUCGUAAGCGACUCCCAAGGUUUAUCAAUCCAAAUGUGGGACUCAAGCCAUACUCUGCAUACCAAGCCAUUGGAAACGCAAUCCUGUACAACGUUCGCCGUGCUGAGGUUUAUAAAACUGAUAUUUACUUAGCUCAUGCUGUAAUUCAUUCUGAUGAUGGCACCCCUGAUGUCGCAGUUGUGACAAACAGGCAACUUAUGAAACUUGAUAAAUGUCGUUGGUAUGGCGGAUGGGAUCUAGAAGAAUCAGACUUGUUCACUGACAUUACUUCAAACCCAACAGUUGAAGAUCAAACGAUUAUGUUUAAUAUUAAGGAUGAGGACGGGGAUGUUGCAACAAGAGAUGUUUUGUGCAAUAACCAUGAAGUUGCCAAGUGGCUGAAUGGAAAGCUGAAACAGGCAAUAGACCUACAACGUUUGGAGAUGAUUCAGACCGGAGUGUUCCUCCAGAGCUCAGACGCUUAAAAAAUGACAUUAUCUCACCAUAGGAAUAUAAGUAUAGAAUAUUAAAAAUGGUUUUUUUUAAUUCAGUGCUUUUAAGUUAAAUAUUUGACAUUUUGAAACUACACUUAAAGAAGUGUUUACAGUGUUCUGAAUGAGUUUAGCUUUUGGCAAAUGUAUGUAUUGGAAAAAAAAAAUAUGUCAUUAUAUUAAUUAUCAAGUUACCUGUAGUGUAGUAAGUAUACUUGAUAUAUUCAUCUUAGCUUCUUAAGUUCAUAUACAUUUUAACUGUUGUAAAGCGCCUUGAGGCAGUUUCUUUUGUGGAAGGCACUAUAAAAGUAUGUGACCAUUGACCAUUGUGUUGAGCGAAUUUAUAUUUUCAAAUAUAUGUAUAUUUGAAGUGUUUAUUGAAAGUAUUACGAUGUUAUUAUUGCAUGAUAGAUAAAUAUUUUGUUACCAAACAUUUUAGUGCAUACACCUCUAUAAUAUUUUAUAAGCGCUCUUUGUAUCUCAUUAACCAGUAUGUAUGCUAUUUUCUUAGCGUGGUGCAAUAUUUCACAAUGAUACUUGUGAAUGCAUCAAACCAUAAUUAACAGAGUUCUUCGUGGACUUGACUACACUUGUGCUGGUAUGGGUUAUUAUGGUUAGUAGAGGUAAAUAAUGGAGUCCCAUUUUAAAUUUGUAGAACUUAUAUUUUAACUGAUAGCUAACACAUAUUUUGUUUAUGUAUAUUUAUGUAAGCAUAGUUUUUAUACAGUAUUAUCUAUAAGAAUGGAGGUUUAUGAGUACAUGACAAUUUAUAAAUAUUAUUGUACUUAACUCUUUCCAGAAGAAGAAUAUAAUUUCCUUCAUCCUCCUUUUCCCUAAUGUGCAAUAUUUUUAGUAUUUGAUAAAUGUAUGCACCUAUGUAUUGAGUAAUCGUAGACUAUACAUGUGGUGUUAUGGGUUAAUGUGAUGAUAUGUAUUCUAUAACACACAUUCGCACACUUUCUUUGAUGAUGUGAUUCACUAACCCUCCAGCUAACAAUUUUACUAACAUCGUACCAUUUAGUAUACAGAACUUUCUGUAGAACUAUAAAUACGUAUUUAUAACGUAAUUUCACAACUAAAUAUUAAACAAUACAACAUUGCUGAAAUGUUGUAUUAACGUCGUUCUCUGAUAUACUUAAGCACUACGUUCACAAACACUAUAAUAACGUGUUGUGUUUUCUGGAGAUGUAUUUCAAACUAUAUUAAAUGUUCUUUAGGUGAAUUUAUACAGGACUUAAUUGAUUUUACAUUUUUUUUUUAGUAGUAGUAGUAGUUUUAUGUUAGAUGGAACUUUUUAGUAAAAAUAUUUUAUUUAAACUUAAAGAAUGACAUUGUAAUUACUAAUUUUAUUUUGUAUCAUUGUUAUUGUUUAUUAGUAGCAAUAUGCUACUGUUUUAUUAUGGAAAAUGUAAUUGUUUGGUUUUAUUUAUAUUUUAUGCACCGAGUGUUGUUGUAAGGCCUACCGUAUUAUGUUCGACAGAUUUAGAGAUAGAAAAGUAUGGGCCACUUAAAAGUGCAAACAUAUGUUGAUAUAUUUUAGAUAACUUUAGCUAUGUGUACAUCUUUAUCAAGAAAAAUAAUUAUCAAGUAUUUUAAAGUAAGAAAAAGCUUUGGCAUUUGCAGCAUUUUCAUGGAUAAUGCAAUAAAUGCCAGGUUUUGGGGUGGUUUUUUUUGUGUAACUUACCCUUUAAACAAAAUAGUAAAACAUUUGCCGUUUAUAACCUCUUCAAACUCGUGAUCCAAAAUGUUUAUAAACAAAUAUUUCCAGUUUUAAAGUUGGUUCUCGAUUUUAAUAAAUGCAGUUAAUGGAACACCUUCGGGGCCAGAAAACUGUCCAUUUAAUAGGGGUGUCCUCUGAAUAGGGGUACCUAUUUAGAGAACACCAACCGAAAAUAUAGGUUCUUCACAAUUGAUGUUAAGUUUAUAGUUUAAAAGUGUGAAAGAAAUAUAAUUGAUUUGUGUCUAUUUUAUGUUGUGAUAGGAUAAACAAAAAAGUAUAUAUAUAUAUAUAUUGUCCAUAUAUAUAUCCAUUGUCAAUAACCAUCAAACUUUAAUGGAUAAUUAUGUAUGUUAUAUUACCAGCUUUUUGUUAGAAAAAUAUGUUGUUUAGGGCUAUGUUGAAGAAUGGAGUUAUUUUAAAUUUUUUAGUUAUAUUGUCAAAGUGAAAGAAAACAUCCAUUCUAGGUCUAUUUAGUAAUGUACAGUAUUAGUUUUUAAAUUGCAGAUGAUUACUAACAUAUUUCCAAGUACUGUUCGAAACAAGAGGACAUCGAUAGUUACCAGAAGUUCAAAUAUUAAUGUUGCUUAUUCACAUAUAAAUAUGGAAUAAAAAUUAUAUUAUACUAUAAUUAUA